AUGACGAACGAUCAACCAUAUACUACGGCUGGCGCCGCCGCAGAGGGCUUCCAGCUCCUCCAUCGCGAGAACAACGCCGCGAACUACGGGUAUCGUGAAGCCAAUCGUUUGAACCUUCAGCAUUUUCUCUGGAGAGAAAGCCUUCAGUUUAAUACCCACCCUUCAGUUCUCCCCUGCCUUGCCCCCGGUCCUUUGAGCAUAGCCGAUGUCGUCUGUAGUACUGGACUUUGGCUGAUAGAUACUGCACGCGAACUGCCUCAUGCACAACUCGACGGACUCGAUUCUAAUCUAACUCUCGCCCCUCAGAAGCACUUGUUACCAUCAAACAUUGCCCUUUAUGAGUGGGAUGUCUUCCAGAGCCAGAGCACUGUUCCCUCCGAGCUGGUGGGCAAGUACGACUUGGUCCACGUCCGCUCCCUGGCAACGAGACUGGCGGAGAAGGACCUCAAGCCCGUCAUCCAGCGUCUAUAUCAGCUGCUCAGGCCCGGUGGUUGCUUACAGUGGGAUGAAUCAGACUACACCAACAUGUGUGUUAAGAAUGCCGAUCCUGCAUCAGAAGCACCGGCCCUCACGGAACUUCUUAAGCUGUGGUAUUCAGACGGCCACUAUAACUGGACGCGAGCAUUACCCCAGCUGCUAAGAGAAGGGGGAUUCCAGGUCCCUGUAGAUGAAUAUUUCGAUGCCAAAACCGAGUUAGUCAAGGCAUUCCAUGACCUGCACCUUUUGACUCUGGAUGAGUUUGCACUGGCAAUCAUUCGCAUGGGGAAACACGAGGCGGCUGCUCAGAUAUUCAAGAUGGUCAGUGAUAGUGUCGAAGAACACAGGCGAGGCGCAUCGUUAUCUAUUCCACAGCUUGUGGUCGUCGCGAUCAAGCCGACUGUUGUGUAG